AUGGCUGUCAUGGAUCCCUUCACCGCCGACCUACUUUCGGGUCCUUCCCUCCCCGGCGCCUUCUCAUGCGCCGCCGACCACCGCAUGGAGUUUGACGACGCCUACCUCCGGGCGAUCGGCGCACUCCCUCCUCUUCCGACUGUCCACCUCGCUCCCCCCCACCUCCACCACGCCGCGCUCAAAGAUUCCGUGGAGCUCCCGGCGACGCUGUAUGCCGCCACAGUCGACGCCCAUCUUUUUCCCCCGCCGUUCGAGGUGCCCUUGCCGUCCCUGCUUCCGGACCGCGUCGUCCCGGACUCCAAGAACACGGCGGCACGCCCGCAUCUGUCCGGCUUCGAAUUCGCUCCCACGCCCGCCGAUCACGCCGCCGCACUCGAAUGUUCCGUGGAGCUCCCGGCGACGUGCCAGCUGUACGCCGCCGCACUCGACGCCCAUCUUUUUCACCCAUCCUUGGAGGUGCCCGCACCGUCCCUGCUCCCGGACCGCGUCGUCCCGGACUGCAAGAACUUGGCCACGCGUCCGCGGCUCUCCGACUACGACAUUGACAUCGACUUCAACCUCCGGGAGAUGGAGAAGAACGUCGAGGAGCGGCCUUCGCCGGACUACCUGAACACGGUGCAGGGAGAUCGGAUGAGCCCAUCGAUGCGUGCCACCCUCGUCUUCUGGAUGGACGACUUCACCCGGCACUACGACCUGGCCCCUGGCACGCUUCACCGCGCCGUCUCCUACGUCGACCGCGUCCUGUCGGCGCGAACCUUGUCUACAGCUCGCACGGACAUGGAGUAUGAGCUCUGUCUCCUGGGCGCCACGGCCGUCUUCACCGCCGCCAAAUACGAGGAGCGGGGCACCAGAUUCAAGGUGAACGCCGCGAAAAUUGCCGACGACUGUGGGUUCGCCACCAGCAAGGAGGUGACCGACAUGGAGUGCAAGAUGUUUGCGGCGCUCCGGUACGAGCUCAGCGGACCAACGGCCUACACGUUCGUGGACCACUUCACCAGGUACAACAACGGAGAGCGCGAGCUGGAGGUUCAGAGGUUGGCGCAUCAGCUCGCCGAAACAUCGCUGGUGGACUACAGAUGCCUGCAGCUCAUGCCGUCCGCCGUGGCGGCGUCGGCGGUCUUUCUCGCCAGGCUGAUCUUGAACCCAAUGGCCAGCCAGGUGCAGAAGUGGAACAGGGAAUUCACGAAGCUGACAGGGUACAAGCCCACAGACCUCAUCCUUGGCAUUCAGUCCUUGUACAUGAUGAAUCCCGAUCCUCGCUUCGUGAUCUUGCCAGAGUUCUUGUAA